AACACAAUAUCACUGGCAAAGAAAGACAAAUUCGUAAAUGUCAUUGACAAAAAUGUACAUUCCAAUAUCAAAAACAAAACGAAACGAAACAAAACAAACAAUGCAUCAAGUCUUCACUUUACACUUUAUAUAACGAGUCUGUCUAUUGACAAUGUCCUUUAUCUAAUAUUUCGCGGCAACACUACAAAGCACGACAUGAAAUUAUGUGAGAAGAAAAGUGUUGAAAUGGAGACAGAACAAAGAAACGCACAAUCACGAUCUUAAAACGGUCUGUGACAAAUUUUAAACAAACGAGAUGCCUUUGUGCUAGCAUUACACUGCACUUGAGACGCAUCUAUUAGCAUCCCAGAAACGGAUAGACCUUCGGAUUGAUGCUUGACGGAGUUCUAAAAUGCACAAAUAUCGUCUUCCUCCAGCUCAGUCACUGUGCAGUGCUCGAGGCUAUGACCGCCUUGCCACAAUACCACGCCCCCCAUUUAGCCUAUUUAAAUCAUGAAAGGGAAAUCCUUGUCAGUGAGCGUUUGCUACGAAUCAGGACCACUACACUCAAACAGCAAAAAUGCUGGCUGGUUUUCCAGGACUGUAUAGCUUGCUGAUAUUCAGUCUAGUGCUGAAUUUGACAGUAGGUGUAGAUGUUGGCUGUCAGAACUGGACUCCUUCAGGAAAAAAUUAUGUCUGCUGCACAAGCUGUAAACCAGGAAACCGCUUGGUGAAAAGAUGUGGAUAUGACCCAGCAGAACUCUGUAAACCAUGUGAACCUGGCACUUACAUAACCGGAACUGAUUUCAGCUGUGAUAUUUGUACCCAAUGCAUAGGCAUACAGUUUGUGGCUAAAAACUGCACAAGCAGCAGUGACACCGUAUGCGGCUGCAAGCCUGGAUUUCGGUGUGGAGAUGCCAAAUGUUCUCACUGUGUUACUGAAUGCAAAAAAGGAGAGGAGCCCAAAGGCCGAGUAUGUGGACAAUGUCCUGAGGGAAAAUUCAGCGAUAAAAUCCACAGUACGUGCAAAGAAUGGACAAAAAGUUGUCCAGAUGGAUACAAAUUGAAAAAAGGAAACUUGACCAGUGACAGCACAUGCAUUCCACCACCUUCGAGUAGUGUAAGAACAGUAACUGAACAAGAAACAUUGCCUGUCAUUAGCAAAGAAAAAGACGAGAUGAAUUGGCUUCCAGUUUUGAUUGCAGCAAUGAUAGCAGGGUUGGCUCUUCUUUGCAUCAUAUUGUCAGUGGUGGCAUAUGUUAAGGCACAAAACAAAACAAAAAAGAAGGCAAAAACUGAGCAAGGCAAUUCAGACGACUCUACGAUUAUGGUGGUGGAGCAAGAACACUGUAGUUUUCAUCAUCCUGAGCAGGAACAGGGUGGAAGCUCGCAAUCCAUCAAUACGGAAAACUCAGAGUCCAAACUCAUAGUGUGAUGUGACUGAGGCCUGUUGCACAAAUGAGUUGAAACUCCAUGGUGUAUCACGAACCUUAAUCUCUGUUAACCCAGGGAUAGAGCUUGUGAUUGUCGGUGUAUUCCACCCUCUGAAGCCACCACAUUGAAGAGUGAACACCAAACUGGUGUUCAAAGCUGGCCACUUCAAAAGGGUCCUCUGAAAUGAAGGAUUUCAAAGGAUAUCGGGCACUUUGGGACUUGAUCCUUUGAGUAGGGAAGUUGUUUGGUGUUGAGGUUUGGCCCGAAACUGAGCACAAACAUACAGCAGACCGGCUUUCUGCAACAGGCCUCUGGACAGCAUUGCUACACUAAAACGAAGCUUUAAAAAAAAAAAAAAAAAAAAAUACAAUCUUUAUCUGCUGUUUUGGUGACUUUAGUGCAGAGCUCAGUUUUUAUGUGUACCUUAGUGUUAAGGGUGCUAACUUUGUUCACAUGCUGUAUGCGUACUUCGCUGUUGACAAAGUACUUUUUUUAUUGUUUGCACUACUUGGUUUGUCACACUGAACUUCACCGUUGUUUUAUACUCAGAAGAAGAGAAGAUAGAAAAUGAACAAGUUGUUUUCAUGAUUACUUAUGUAAAUAUAUCCACAAAAUAUAUUUUUAUAAUUCAUUUGGGGAGAGAAUACUCAAACACUGCACAUGGGUCUAUUUAAUGCAAGUGUUGAGUGGCUGUGUUUGCGCACCAUCAACCGCAGUAUACUUUGAAAGGCAUUUGACAUACUAGUGUAUGUACACAAUAAAAGUGUCAAAGCACACAAAGAGGUUUGAAUUUGUUGAGCCUGAACUUCUGAAGUGUGGUGCACCUUAAAAUCACAGAUCAGAGGUUUUAAUGUAGGUGUGCAGUAGCAGACAGUAUGUCAUCAUUUUUAAGAGUGUAGGUGUCAUCUACUGGUGCUUGCAUCACAUUUCAGGUUAAAGCCCUCUUGAAAUACCCUGGUGGGCUUUCCCAGUAUUCAGAUCAAAACAGCACUUUUUUGACCCCACAAAAAAAUUUUGAGAACUGAGAAGAUUGUGGGUUUUUUUUAUACAACUUGUUGUGCUUUUCUAAUUGUUUUUUUUUUUUUUUUUUUUUAGUUUUUUUAUUCAGUUGUAUGUCUGGGAAUUGGUUGGUAAAUGUGGUAGACCUAGUCAUGUAUUUUAAAAAGUGCACUGAAGAAUCAACAGAUGACCUCAUCAAAAUGUACAGCAUUGUGUUUAACAAUUUAGUGUGCAUGUUUUAGUUAAAUUAAAUGACAUUCAUUUUUCA